AAUAUUAUAAUUCGGAGUUUGUCGGACACAUCAGCCAAUCCUCAAAUAUAGUUAAACCAUCCCUCUUCGUUAGAUUCAAGUCCGUCUCUCUCUCUCUCUCUAGAAAUGAAGCUUCCACUUUUCGAUCUAGUAGACUGAAACCUGCAACAACAAUCAUUUUGAUUUUUCUCCCCGUGAAUUCGAACUCAAGUAAACAAAACGGAUCUCUCGUCUCUGUCUACCUAAAAUAAAAGCUUCGAUUUUUCGAUCCAGUAGAUUUAAUUCAACGGCAAUUAUCGGAAUAUCUUGCCGUAAAUUAGAGCUCAAGAAAGCUAAAAAGGUGAUAAAUGGCGGCAAGGUUGUAUCCUCGAUCUGUUGAGGAAGUUUUUAAGGAUUUCAAGGGUCGAAGAGCUGCACUUAUUAAAGCCCUUACUACAGAUGUUGAGGAAUUCUACCAGCAGUGUGAUCCUGAGAGAGAGAAUUUAUGCCUAUAUGGACAUCCUCAUGCGGAAUGGGAGGUCAAUUUGCCUGUUGAAGAAGUGCCGCCUGAACUCCCCGAGCCUGCUCUGGGCAUCAACUUUGCUAGAGAUGGGAUGCAAGAAAAAGACUGGCUAGCUCUUAUUGCUGUCCAUAGUGACUCCUGGCUGCUUUCCGUUGCUUUCUAUUUUGGUGCUAGAUUUAGCAUUGAUAAAGCUGACAGGAAGCGGCUAUUCAGCAUGAUCAAUGAACUUCCUACUGUAUUUGAAGUUGUGACGGGGGCAGCCAAAAAACUACAGAAAGAGAAAUCUCCAGUCUCAAACAGCAGCAGCAAAUCCAAGUCAAAUUCUAAGCCGGUUAAAGUUUCAAAGCCACAGCCAAAAGACGAGGAGGAGGAACUGGACGAGGAAGAAGACGACGAACACGGAGAGACAUUGUGUGGUGCCUGUGGAGAUAACUAUGCAUCGGACGAGUUCUGGAUAUGCUGCGACAUAUGUGAGAAGUGGUUUCACGGCAAGUGCGUCAAGAUUACUCCAGCUAAAGCCGAGCAAAUCAAGCAGUACAAGUGUCCAUCAUGCAGCAACAAGAGACCUCGCCCUUGAGAUGGAAGACGGAUCUCUCGACUCAAUUCCAAGAAUUCCGGCUGCCGCCUCGGUGCUCUUGUUCAAGUGUUACAUUUAUAGUGCUUUAACAUGUGAAUGUCGAUGCAGACUUGUGGUGGCUGGUUCUCUCUUGGCAUAGCAUUAUCUGUUGUUAGCUUCAGCAGUAGUCCCCAGAUUUUGUUGGAUUAUCAUGCUUCUCUUUAAUGGGAUUUUUUAGCUUUUAUUGAGCUUGACAUUAAUUUAAAUGUUUGCACUGAAAAUAAGAUAAAAUGUAUAUGAUUUUAUUUGUA